AGGCGCGAACGCCACCUACAUUCUCGGAGCCGACUACGUGGGACGCGACGUACUGAGCCGCCUGAUAUACGGCGCGCGCAUCUCGUUGUACGUCGGAAUGGGCAGCGUGGUGGCGGGCAUAACCGUCAGCUUUGUCCUCGGCGUGGCUUUGACUUAUGCCGGCGGCAUCAUGACAUGGUCGCGCAGCGGGUGGUGGACGCCCUGAUGUCAUUGGCGGGUCUGUUGAUCGCCCUGGCGAUUAUGGCGGUGGUAACCCCCUCCCUGAACACCGUGGUCCUUGCCAUCGUCAUCGGCAUGAUCGCGCCGGUGAUCAGGAAGGUCAGAUCGCAGGUGCUAUCGCUCAAAGAACUGGACUACGUAACCGCGGCCCAGGCUAUCGGAGCGCCACCCUGGCGGAUCAUUUUCCGGCACAUCGUGCCCAACUGCUUCGCCACCUACCUGGUGCUGGCCACCUACUAUCUCGGCUUUGCCAUCAUCAUCGAAAGUUCGCUUUCCUUCCUGGGCGUGGGGACGCCGCCCGACCAGCCCAGCUGGGGCGGGAUGCUGGUGCGGGCUGCCUCGGCCCACGUGAAGAGCGGCCCCUGGCUGGCGAUCUUCCCAGGGCUCGCCAUCUUCGUAGUGGUGAUGGGUUUCAACCUGCUGGGCGACGCUUUGCGUGACGUGUUCGAC